ACCGCCCGGGCGCUGAGGCAUCUGCUGUCAGCAGAGAGAUGGCGCCGCGCCUCCGGAGGAGCCCUCCAGGCCCGAGUGAGUGGCCUCUCCCCCCCCUGGCCGGAGAGACUCUGGAGCGGGGAAGCAAUUCCCUUGGGCCCGAGUCCUUUCUGUCCCUUGAUCGGCCCCUCUUUCCCGCUCCCAGGCGCUCUCUGCCCUCGUGCCCGGGGUAUCCCAGGUGGAUAACAAAUCUGACUUUCUGGGGAACAGGCCCCACCGCCGACACCCUGGCAUCCUGCAGCUGCCGCACGUGCAGCUGCCGCAGCCACUGAUGCAUGCCGCGCAGAUACUGCUGCUCAGUGAAGGACCCGAUACCGAACGUGGAGAAGCAGGUACAAGCCCUGACCAAUUAUCUCUGGAGCCGGCAUUUACCUGUAGAGUCAGAGGAGUUGCAACAGCGGGCCGUAGAUCUUGAAAAGAAAUUCCUGGAAAAUGCAGACUCACCUGUGACCGAGGAGAAACUCCGUGGAGCAGUGCUAAGUGCUCUGCGUAAAACUACCUACCACUGGCAAGAACUGAGCUACAAUGAAGGACUGAGCCUGGUGUAUAUGGCAGCAAGAAUGGAUGGUGGCUUUGCUGCGGUCAUCAGGGCAUUCCAUGAGAUCCAGGCUCGGAUUCCAGAGUUCCAACCACAAACCUUAAUGGACUUUGGUUCAGGCACUGGUUCUGUCACCUGGGCGGCUCAUAGCACUUGGGGCCAGAGCCUCCGAGAAUAUGUGUGUGUGGACAGCUCAGCUGCCAUGUUGGAUCUGGCAGAAAAGCUACUCAAAGGUGGUUCAGAAUCUGGGGAACCCUAUGUUCCAGGCGUCUUUUUCAGACAGUUUCUGCCUGUAUCACCCAAGGUACAAUUCGAUGUGGUGAUAUCAGCCUUCUCCCUAAGUGAACUGCCCAGCAAGGCUCACCGCACUGAGGUUGUCCAAACCUUGUGGCGCAAGACAAAUCGUUUUCUGAUCUUGCUGGAGAAUGGGACAAAAGCUGGGCACCGCCUGCUCAUGGAUGCCAGGGACCUGGUGCUUAAGGGAAAAGAAAAGUGUCCUUUAGACCCACGUCCUGGAUUUGUCUUUGCCCCAUGUCCUCAUGAACUUCCUUGUCCCCAGUUGACAGCCUCUAAGUCCCUGGCCUGUAGCUUUGCCCAGGCUUAUCAUCCCAUCCCCUUCAGCUGGAACAAGAAGCCAAAGGAAGAAAAGUUCUCAAUGGUCAUCCUGGCCCGAGGAUCACCAGAGAAGGCUCAUCGCUGGCCCCGGAUCACUCAGCCUGUCCUAAAACGGCCACGCCAUGUGCACUGUCACCUGUGCUGUCCAGACGGGCAGGGGCAGCAUACUGUGAUCACUGCCCGCAAGCAUGGCAGGGAUUUGUACCGCUGUGCUCGCGCCAGCUCCUGGGGUGACUUGUUACCUGUGAUCACUCCUUCCUCCACUCAAGAUGCCUCUGGAAGCUGACAAGAAUGGAGAACAAGUAUUUCCCUCUGCCAUGCCUGCCAAGACUGAAGCUACCUGGUAUCCAGGAUAGAGAGCGCUGGUGUCCCUGUAUAUUUAUGUUUGUAGGAGGUUUUAAUCAUAAUAAUAAUUUUUCAAAUAUUGGAAA